CGAGGCGCAGAGAAUGCUCUAGAACGGCCUGCGAGUCCCCGCCCGGAGCGCGCGGCGGUUUCAGAGCCUCCGGCCGAGGGCAGCGGCAGCGGCUUUGCCUUUUCGCUGCCCCGAGGAACCUGCCACGCAGCGGCAGCGUGCUGGGAGCACGCAGUUCUCCAGCUCUAGUGUUCAAAAUAUUGACACGCGGAUGGGGACACUUACGUCAAUUCUUGUCUGAAGCGAGGAAAGGCUGCCGCUUGGUUUAUGACACAUCUUAUAGCUGAAGAACAUUCCUGAUGGCAGGCUCCCUAAAAGCAAGCCUGAUGUCUAUUCAUGUUGUAGCCUUUGGAAAUGAAAGAGAGAGAUUUUCUGAAGACAAUCGGCAAUCAAGUCUGAUCUGGACCUAUCUUGGGAGAAGUGCUCUCAUUUCAGUGACUGAAAGCAGUUUGCUGCUGAACUCUGCCAACCAUGUUGGAAAUCCUGUGUUUACUGAAUAUCAAGCCUGUGUGUUUGGAAAUGUCAGACUGGUGGUACAUGACUGUCCCCUUUGGAUGAAACAGGAUCCAAGUUUGAAAGUCUCUCACCCUUGUAUGUGUAGUCCUGUUGACUUCAGUGGGACCAGACCUGACAUUUUUGACAGUGACUGGUAUACCUCUCAAAAUCUUAUUGGAGGAGCUGAUAUCAUUGUGAUUAAAUACUCUGUAAAUGACAGAUCUUCAUUUCAAGAAGUAAAGGACAGUUAUGUUCCAAUGAUAAAAAGAGCAUUAAAUCAUUGUUCAAUUCCAGUCAUAAUUUCCGCUGUUGGCGCAAGAAAAAGUGAAGUUCCUUGUACUUGUCCACUGUGCACUUCAGAUAGAGGGAGCUGUGUUACUGCUUCUGAAGGGAUUCAACUCGCUAAAGAGCUAGGAGCUACUUACCUUGAAUUGCACAGUCUCAGUGAUUUCUAUAUAGGAAAAUAUUUUGGAGGAGUGUUGGAGUAUUUUAUGAUCCAAAGCUUGAAUCAGAAGUCCUCUGAAAAAAUGAAGAAAAGAGAAAAAAGCCACAAGUGUCAUGGAGUUAAACCACCUCAGCUCGAACAGCCAGAAAAAAUGCCAAUCUUAAAAGGUGAAGCCUCGCAUUAUAAUUCCGAUUUACAUAACUUGCUGAUCUGCUGCCAAUGUGUGGACGUGAUAUUUUACUCAGAAGAUUUAAAGGAAGUAGUAGAAGCACACAAGAUUGUUUUGUGCUCUGUAAGCCAUGUCUUCAUGUUACUUUUCAAUGUGAAGAGUCCAGCUGAUAUUCAGGAUUCCUCUAUCAUAAGGACUGCACAGACUCUGUUUGCAGUGAACAGUGAGGCUGUGUUUCCAGUUUCUAACCAAGGUUCACCAUGCGGCCCACCGGUUAGAGUCAUUGUUAAAGACUCUUUCUUCUGUUUUUGUUUGUCAGACAUUCUGCACUUCAUUUAUUCAGGUGCUUUCCAAUGGGAAUUGUUAGAAGAAGAUAUAAAAAAGAAGUUGAAAGACCCAGGAGAAGUUGAGCUCGUGCUUGAGAAAGUUAAAUGUAUCCUGAAAACUCCAGGAAAGGUGAAUAGGGCAAAGAAUUGCAGAUCUCAUCAGACAGCAAGACCCUUGCAGUUACGUGAUACUUCUCUCAGGCUUUUCUUUAACACAGAUGUGUUAGCUGAUGUCAUCUUCCAAAUACAAGGUGCUACUGUACCAGCCCACAGAGCAGUCCUAGUGGCUCGCUGUGAAGUAAUGGCAGCUAUGUUUAAUGGAAGUUACAUAGAAGCAAAUAGUUUUCUGGUUCCAGUUUAUGGGGUUUCCAAAGAUACUUUCCUCUCCUUUCUAGAGUAUCUGUAUACUGACUCCUGUUGUCCAGCCAGUAUUUUGCAAGCCAUGUCUCUCUUGAUUUGUGCUGAGAUGUACCAGGUAUCCAGACUCCAGCAUAUCUGUGAGCUUUAUAUCAUCACACAGCUGCAGAGUAUGCCUAGUAGGGAAUUAGCGUCUACAAGUCUCAGUGUUGUCAGCUUGCUCAGAAAAGCCAAGUUUCACAACUCUGACUGCCUUUCAACUUGGCUCCUUCAUUUUAUUGCCACUAACUACCUCAUCUUCAGUCAAAAGCCUGAAUUUCAAGAUCUUUCAGCGGAAGAACGCAAUUUUGUUGAGAUUCACAGAUGGCCUUCCAGUAUGUACCUGAAACAGCUUGCAGAUUACAGGAAUUACAUCAACUCCCAGAAAUGCCACUGCAUAGUAAUGUAACCAGAAGACUGAUUAUUCACAAAGUGUUCAUAGACUGGAGAAUAACAGGCUGGGAAUUACAUGCAGGCUAUUAAAACUGUAACAGGGAUGAAAAUAAACAUUUGAGUCCUGCUGUACUCUCUAAUGCGCUUGCUAAUAUUCUUUUCAUUAAUAAUGAAUUACUGUGAUGUUUUAAAGGAAUUAAGAAAUAUACCAUUGGACAGCAUAAGGAGUUAAUCAGGCCUGGUCUACACUACAAAGUUAGGUCAACGUAAGCCGCAUGUGCAUGUGUCUAUACCUAUGUUUGUCUCUUACUGAUGCAAGUGCCCCGUUACAGCAAUGCAGUAACACUACCUCCCUCCCAGCAGCAUUAAGCCAUGGUUGAUGUACUGAGUUCGACGCAGCGCAAGUGUAAACACUGCGUUACUUAUCUGAAUUCUAACAGCCCUCCAGCAGCUGUUCAACAGUGUCUGAUGAUGACCUCUUUGGUCACAAUUGUGAAUGCCAUUGUCCAGGGGUCAUGGAGUCUGGAAGGCCCUCCCUCUCUUUUAAAACCCUGCAGAUUUUGAAAUACCUUUACCUGUUUGUCCAGCUGGAGAGCACACCUAGCAGCUCUCCCAUUGUUGUACGCAACUAUGCAGCUGACCAUGGCGGCUACAUGAUCCAGACACACUCCAACUUGGAAUAGACAGGAGAUAUUGGAUCUCCUGGGCCUAUGCGGAAAAGAGGCUGUGUAAGCACAGCUAUGGACCAGCCAUGUUUAUCUAUGAACAGCUUGCACGGGGUAUGCAGGAGAAGGAGUACGACAGGCCAGCUGCAGUGCUGUGUGAAAGAGAAGGAAUGGGUCAGCCAUAUCGAGAGGCCAGCAGUCAUUCUGGUGCUAACCCGCAGACCUGCCACUUUUACAAAGAGCUGCAUGCUAUAAUUGUCAGAGACCCUACUGAUAUCCCACACGUAACCAUGGAUAACUUUGAGGAGCCCAAGCCGCAGGUCCCUGCAUGAACGACUAGGAGGAGGAUGGGGGAUGUGCAACCAGGGAGCUCCACCUAUGCGGGGAGCCAGGACCUGUUUUGAGACUCCACCACAGUCCAGUCAGUCCCAGCAGUCGAGCAUGGCUGCUGCCAUUGUGGUUCUGAGAGGUUCUCCCCUCCGCACCUGAGGAACACCUGAGCUAGAUAAGGAGGAGAAAGAAAAGGACUUAGUAUGAUGUGUUCAAUGAGAUCCUGCAAACCAGUGCUGCGUGAGACUAUGAGAAAAGGGUCUGGAGGGUGAACAUGACAGACAGUCUGGGGAAGGAAAAAGCAGAGAGGAGAAGGAGAGGGAGAUGCACCAAGACAUAAUGGAGCUUCAACAACAAACAGAUGCUGCAGACUCUUGUGGAUUUAGUUGCAACAAUCCCAGUUUUGCCUUCCUUUGCAGUCCGUGGGAAACUCCAUAACAGCACCUCCCUAUGCUCUCCCACCCUACGUUCCAUGUCCAUGGAUAGGGACUUUAUCCCUAUCCCUACCACUCUACCCCAGCAGACAUUAAGAACAACCACACCCUCACAUAAACUGAUCUGUGAAAGCCAUGGUUGCUGUAUAUGUAGAUUAAUGGACAGGAAUGUUCUUUCCACUGGUUGUUCUGUUUCAUUAAUUUAUUAAGUUUUUAAUGUAUUUACUUUUAAAUUGCACAGAUUUUUCUUUGCACUGGUUUUGCUACUGAAUAAAAUUAUAUUAUUUGGCAAAUAAUCUUUUAGUUCACAACACAUGCUUCAAAGUGCCCAGCAGUUCUGAAAGCACCUACUUAAUUAUUACUCUACAGUGUGGCACAACUCAUAGGAUCAGUGACAAACAGCAUAAUAAUCAUAAAUGUACAGCAAGCACCACAAAAUUAAGAGGGGCAUUGACAGUGCUAUAUUCAUAGAUGUACACUACACAAUUCCUAACUGUCCCCAAAACAGCAGAGCCAGGUAGAGCAGAGUACACCACACAUGACUGUGGCUCACUGUUAAAAUGCUCUUCAAAGUCUCUCUGAGCUGUGUGGUUCAGUGUUGAGCUCUUCUAAUAGCCCUUGUGUUUGGCUGUUCUAACUCAGCAGACUUCCAGUCCACUCUGGUGGAAACUUUUCCCCCUUUGCUUCCCUGAGAUUAUGCAGAACACAGCCGGCAGCUAUAACCAUUGGGAUGUCUUUUUUUUUUUCACUGAGAUCCAGUCUUGUGAGUAAACAACACCAGCAUCCCUUCAAUCUUUCAAAAGCACAUUCAACUGUCUUUCUUCACCUGCUAUGCCAAUAGCGAAAUCUUUUCUUGCUGCUAUUGGAGUGCUUCAUGAGUCAGGGGAGCAAGGCGUAGGCUGGGUUCCCUGGGAUUGCUACUGGUAUUUCAACAUCACAACGUCAUCAACAAAAGUCCCUGCUUGUAGCUCUCUGAACAGUCCUGUAUUUUUAAAGAUGCAAGCAUCAUACACUUUCCUUGACCAGCCAAAGUUAAUGUCAGUGAGGAGACCCUAGUGAUCCUCCAAUGCUUGCAUAACUGUAAAAAAAAGUAGCCCUUUCUGUUGCAAGAUAGGCUUGUCCCAAAAUAGGGAGAUAGAUAUAUAUACUAUCUUUGCUUCACCGCAAUUCCGGAAUGCCAUUACUGCAAAUCAGUCCAGUAUGUCCUGCACAUUGCUGAGUCACAGUCCUGCAUAGCAAGAGAUGAUUAGUGGUCUUGCACACUUGCAUGAUAGUGGAUUUUCCAAUUCCAAAAUAGAUUUUGCAUUUACCAGUAGCAAUCUGACACUGCAAGUUUCCACAGUGCAAUCACUACUCUCUUCUCCGCCAUCAGUGCAGCUCUAAUUUUGGUGUCCCUGAACUGGAGGGCUGAGGCAAGCUCGGCCCUCAGAUUCAGGAAUGUGGCCUUGUGCAUUCAAAAGUUCUGCAGCCACUGCUCGUCAUCCCAACCCUGCAUUAUGACGUGAUCCCACCAAUCAGUGCUCAUUUCUUGGUUCCAGAAGUGGUGCUCUACCAUCUGCAGUUGAACACCAGCAACAAACAACUUUGAAUUGGUUCUUGCUAUGUCCCAGAGCAGUCUGUGCUCCAAGAUAUUGUUGUGUUCCCUGCUUAUUUGGUUUGAGUUACAGCUCUGCGAAGAUCAUGUGUCCUGUGCUCUCAAUGCUUACGACAAUAGUGCAGAACUGCAAGCGUCAUGCUUCUAUCAGAUAUGGACAUUGAGGAGGGCUGCGUAGGUUCAUGGGGAAAAGGCAUGAAAAUUAUGGGAUAUAGAUGACAUGGCAUGGAUGGGAUGAAAACAAUUGCAAACUGGGAAGUUGGCUUCUUACCCCCAGUCACCACGCUUGACGUGUUUCUGCCCCACUAUACAUUGCCAAAACAUCCCAAAAGACAGUGCACUGGACAGUAGUGGGUUGCACUAAGAUACCUUACCCUGCAUUGACACAAGCACUCAUGAGUAUGUGCAAUACUUGUGCAAGGAGCCACAUAUGCAUGCCCAUGAGUGAUGUACUAACAGUGGUAGCUUUAUGCUGAUGUAACUUGCGUCAACCAAAGUUUGCAGUGUAGACAUGGUCUCUGUUGUUUAGCUGCAACCUGUUUUCCCUAAGGAUUCUUUGCUGCAAUAGUGGUGGUUUUAACUUUUAACUUUUGUAAAUCUUUUGUUUAACCUAUGGGUGAGAUUUUCAAUGACGUUGGGUACCCAGCUUUCCGAGGCGCUUUUGAAUAUCCCACCCUACCUGCUUAUUUUAGCCUGUGAUUAUCACACAAUCCUUGUAACAUAUGGGCUUGCUCGGUAAAGCAUAUUGUCAAAACAUUGGGGUAAGUGUAUAACUAUUCCCUGUAUAAAUUGCCCUUACAACCACAUGAACUGGUAUUUUCUCUCUAGCUAGGUGCUUAUAUGGCCCCUCAUUGUACUGUGUGAGCGCCUCCUUUGUAUUUAAAAAUAGAAA